UUUGUCGUCGCGAAUCGCGACUGUGAGUGUUAUUUUUUGGUUUUGUGCAAAGAAUUUUCUGCUGUCCGCAGAGGUUUUUGCUUGGAUUCAUUAUUCUCCCUCUGAGAUCUUUGCCCUAUAAUCUGCUAUUGUUUUAUGACCAGGUUAGUUACCGAUCGCAGUUUAUUGUUCGGUAUCGCUUUUCGUAUUCCAACAUCCAUUUUCGAGUGUGCAGGAGACAUUUUCCCUUGUGGCUGGCAGCGAUUCAGUAGCUAAAUUUCUAGCUACACAUUUUCGUGCCAGGAAAAAUAAGAAGCAAAAGAAGAACAACACCGAAACAAUCCGGGAGUGGAACGGUAUUGAUCGUGAAUUUAGUUAAGAAUAUUAAGUUUGGAAAUCAAAUUUUAUAUAAAUUAGUUCGACACAUGUUGCAUUGUGUCUAAUGAUCCUUUUAAUUGUGCAAUUUGGUGAUUGUUAAAAAGAUACCAAAAACCAAGUUACAUAGUAGAAUCUAAUUAAACAAAGUGAGGUUGCAGGCUGAAGAUAUUGUUAUAAAAAAAAUGGAUCAACAGAGUGGAAGUGGCAAGUGGCAGCAACGUCCGGAAGCCAGUUUCGUACCGCUAAGAGCUCCCAAAGUCCUGUCUGUAGACGCUCCGGUAUUCGUUCCGAAACAACAGCAACCUCCACAGUACAACCACCCCCAGGCCCAACAGCAGCAGCAUCAGCAACAGCAACAACGCUACCGGAGUGACAAUAACGGUGCUGGAGGCGGAGGUGGCGGCGGUGGUGCCGGCGGAGCAUACAAUAUGGUUCCAAUCGUUCUACCAUACUCACAGCAACACGACAUGGGCAAUGGGGCCCUGGUUAAUGGGACCGAUAUGAUCGGCAGCAAAUCGACCCUAGCGAAUCGACUGAAAAAUCUUCAAAUCUCUUCGCCGCAGCAGCAGCAGCAGCCACACAUGGGUGGACACCCGAGUUACGGUGAUAACAAGGAUAUGCGCAAUCCUUCACACUAUAACCACCAACAGCACCACCCGAACCAGCACUAUUCCUACCAGCACUCACAACAGCAGCGUCUUCAGCAACAACAGCAGCAUCAUCACCAACAACAGCAGCAGCAGCAGCCGCCACAUAUGGCGUUGCAUCAGAAUGCUGCCGGUCACUACCCGUUUACAGUGGCCGGAAUGGGUUACUCGUCGACAGCGCUCAACAAUCACCUGCAUCAUCCGAUCCUAGGUGGAAUGGCUGCCGCAGCGGUUGCUGGCGGUCCCGGUCCCAUAAUGCAGCACGAUAAUCGCGGCGGGAAAAAUAAUCCCUCUGGCAUAAGAUCAAGACUGCAGAAUGCGCAGAACUCCCCGCAGCAGCAUCACCAGCAGCAGUCGCACCACCAACAGCAGCAUCACCAUCAGCAGCAACAUCACCAUCAUCAACAGCAGCAGCAUCAUCAUCAUCAUCAUCAGCAGCAGCAACACCAGCAUCAUAUGCGAGGAGGUGCUGCUGGUGGCAAUGAUUACGGGCUCGAAGGCGAUGCCGAUCAGAUCAAUGAAAACGAAUCAUCGGCUCUCGAGUACCUGAGCGACGUGAUUACCGAAUUGUACGACAAUCCUGGCAUGUUCGAGAGCAUCCAGCGAAAGCUGAAAGGCCUAUUUGCUGAGUUCCGCAGCAACCACUUUGUACUUAGCAACGCCGUGGAAAUGAUUUUUGAACAGUCGAUCAAAGAGCAAAACUUUCGCUACAUGGGAGCCCGUCUGUGUCACCUGCUGGAUAGUCUAGACGAAAGCUCCGAUAGCGUGCUGCGGCAGCUGCUUAGCAUGAAGAUCGAGCAUCAGCACUCGGAGUUGAUGGGAUACAUGCAGAACGAGCAGAUUAAGGUCCGCGGAACGACACUUUUCCUGGCAGAACUGUACAUGCAGCUGCGAAAACCACACGACAACAAUCGCAAUGCUGAGCUAGCGAGGAGGAUCACCGGUGCAGCCCAAAUCCUUCUUAGUAAAGAGGGUCCAGGAAACAUAAAGUGCGUUUGCCAAUGCUUAAAACUCUGUGGAUUUGAACUGGAACGAGACUGCCGUAAUGAGCUGAUGGAAAUCAUCAACACCCUGGGCAUGCUAGAGGGUACAUUGGACUGCUCGACUGGACGUUUCAUCCGAUCGGUGCUAGAGUUGCAGCAGAAGUCCUGGGGACGCAACGAAGAAGUUGUGCCUGUUGCGUUACCGUCCGUUUCGGAAACCACUGGCGGAGAGAUCAACGAUAGUCCCGUGUUUUACGGGCCCGACGGACAGGUGAUGACGGAAGAAGAGAAUGAUUUCCUCGAAACUGCAGCACCGGCUGUGUUCGAAGAGUUUGACGAGGACGGUGAUCCGGAUGAUCUGGUGGAGGACGACAAUAUGGAUUUGGAAAUCAGGAUGGCAUUUAAGGACUUUGUUGCUAGCAGUAAGAACCGGCAGCCGUACUAGCGGCUGCCCUGCCCGCGAUCUCUGGGCCAAACGGAGGUGAACAUGAUGAUGAUGAUGAUGAUGAUGCGAAACGGUCCAGCUAGACUUGGAAUGGCCCGAGCCAUUUCUUCUAAUCAAGUUUAAUAACACGCGAAGGCAGCAGCAAACAAAAACCUACAUUCAGAUUGUUAGUAAUGAGUAUCCUAUUUUUAGAUAUUUAGUUCUAAGCCAAAUGUAACGAAACAGCAAGAAGACAGAUCGAAAAAACAGAACCCCAAACAGAAUAUCGAAAUCUGCCAGCAAACCGAGAAAACAAAACGGUUCUGCUGGAAGUUGAUAAAUUGAAAAGCACAACAUUUGAACCGAUUCUCGAAACCACUCUAACCACAGGCACAGAUUGGCCAUAGGGAAUAGGCAGGGACCCAUAAUUAAAUGCGGCAGGCCGAAGCUCUGGAGCUUCGUUAAACGCAGAUCAAGUAGCGCAAACAAUUUUGUUAGCUUUGCUUUAUCCCUUUUCUAUUUUUUAGGUGAAAUUAUUAUGAGUCUACCGACAGGUAAACCGAUUGUGAAAAUCCAGCUUAAAAUAAAUCAUCAGAUAAAUAUAAUACUAGAAGCAUGAUAUGGAUCUGUCCUGUUUGUUUUUACAAUUAUGAAAUAAAGAAAUGCAAGAAGCAAUACGUACGCCAUGCUGGUCCAGCUGGUCUGCUUUAAAACACACAUGCAUUCAACAGUCUUUCAAAGCUUAGCAACAUACCGUCACACAGUUUUAUUUGGUGGAAAAUCCAGCAUUCCUAAUAUUCCAGUGAAUUCUUUAGAAAAAAAAACAAAACAAAACUAGAUUUCUAUCAAAGGCAAAUGGAAAUAUUUCAUUUCAAGACUGCAAUAUCUAACGAACCUCAAAUUGGACAAUUUGUUGUUUGCGACAGAUGAAGCAGAUGCUGACAGAACUGUGACAAGAGUAGGGCAAGCUGGCUAGACAUGGGUGGAUCCUGAUGAAAUCCACAGCUUAGCAAACUUGUGAGUUUUACUUUAAACAAAUUACAGAAAAAAAAAUGAAAAAACAAAAUUCGUUACAAUGUUUACGAAGACAACGCGGUGAAGACACAUAAAA